AUGUGUUUUCAUUUUCCAAUUGCCGAAGCUAUUGAAUCGGCCAAGAAUUGCCUUGCCCUGUCUGGGUAGCCGUUGCGUCCCUCAUCGACGAUCUGAUCUCGCCUGAUCACCGAUCAUCCUCACCAGUGAGACACGUCUUGUAAAACAGCUACCCUAGACCAUAGUCGUGGACUGCAUCCUUUUCAACCCGGCACCCUAUCGGGUUGAGGCUCUGUGUAUCUUGCGCCUCGGUAAAACACUGCAUUGAUACCUUAUUCAACCUACCUCAUCACAUUCAACCUCUUGAGCCUCUUUGAAACUCUACACGUAAAUCCAUUCAACCUCACUUUCGUGUUUCUUUCACCGUCCUCAAACGGCCAAACAAACAUGUGAACCCACGCCAACGCAGAACACAUCCUGAUGGUGUCGUAUCUUGAAUCAUGCCGACCAUCUCUGCAUGAGUCCUUUCCAAAAAUAUGUCGCCAUUUCCGUUGUGCAUUACUGCUUAUCGUCCUUUGUCCUUCGUCCGCCCUGUCUCGUUGAACUUUCAAGCCUCCGUUGCAGCCCUGAACUGGGCAACCAACCAACGACACCAAUGCUCGCAGCACAGCGUUGCACUUCGCAGCGACCUCGCAUCGCUCCAAUCACGACGCACCGGCACUGCAACUCGUCGACCUCACCGAAACAACGCCCCCAAGCGUUGUCCCGCGCGCAUCUCACCCACCCGACGGCCAGAGAUGUGCGUCCGUGUGCGACGCCGCCGUCGGUCGUGCCGCCUCACCAUCAGGGAAAGCAAAGUGUACGGCUGCUGCGUUGUCGUGCGUUGCCGCUACUGCUGCAGUUUGCGCACAAUGUGAUAGAUGGGAUGGCUCACGGGACGGAAUGGUUGGUCUGGUUUCGCUUCUCUCGCUACCGGCGCUGGGUCACCGCCGGGUGCAGAUGCGGAGUUGUUGCCACUUUGUUUCGCUCUCGUUCUUCGUUGAUGCACGCCGCCGUGAGAUGGUUUCUCGUCCCAGGCCUCUUGGCCAUUCAUUCGUGCUUACAUAGUAGCUGCGUGAACUUGACCCGCGCACAUUGUCCCGCACAAUGGAUCGUAGGCUGGGAGGCUCUGUAGGGCGUAGGCUGUUUGAGAGCCGCUGGUUCACGAACUCACGCAGAGUUGCCCCGUACCUGAUGAUCGGUCCACCCUGGAGCUGCGUGGAAGCUGGCGAACCAUUCUGACGUCCAUGCACAAGGCCAAUUCAUCACUCACCACCACCUCGUCCGCUUCACGCAAACCACUCGUCCUGGGGCCUUGGAUCUCAC